UGCACAGCCUGCACCACACUCACAAAGGAUAGACUGUGUGUAUGUGUGUGACAGUGUGUGUUGAUCAGAAUGGCUGUGAAUGAGUGGAGCAGCUAACGUCUUUCAUGUCCUCUGGAAUUGGACGCAGUGAGCAAUAAUCCUCUUGAGGGUAGGGGGCAAAGGAGACAGACAAGUGAGCAGAAGACUUUUUCCCGUCACACUUUGGCUGCUUCACAAGCCCAGAAAACAACUGCAGUGAGUCAUUAUUAAUGUAGGACAGUUUCAUUAAAUGCAGCAGACUGUAGAGGGACACUUUUAAUUUGUAGGAGAGAGUUGUAUCUUUAUCAGAGGGUUGGGAUAGGUCGCGGGGCGCCUGUGGGAGCACACGGAGGAGGUGGAGGGGGUUCUUUAUGGUGAAGAUGAGUCUGGACCCUGUGCAGGUGAUGAGCGGACAGGUCAAGGAGCUCAAAGUCGCCUCUUCGUCCAACGGGGACAGCAGAGGACCAUGGGACGAGAAAGAAGAGUUUGAUCAGGACCACCUGGGUCUCACCACCAAGCCCAAACCGGUGUCAGGGAGACGAGCCCGGAAGGUGGAGGGAGGCGUGUUCUUCCCAAAGCCGGAGAACGCAGUGACCAUUGCAGUUUCCUCUCGGGUUUUAUUUCGGACUGAACGGGAGCAGAAGGUGUUUGAGCAGAAAGGGGUGGAAGAGUACCUGAGGUACCAAAUCGAGCAUGAGAACGAGCCCUUCGCCCCCGCGGCUUUCCCCUUCGUCAAGGCUCUGGAGACGGUAAAUGCACGUCUGCGGGACCUGUACCCCCAAAGUGAAGAACUGUUUGACAUUGUUUUGGUGACGUACAACCAUGCCCACGUAGGAAUCCGACUCAUCAACACCAUCAACCAUCACAACUUGUUCAUUGAGAGGUUUUGUAUGACGGGAGGAAGCAGCCCUAUUGGCUACCUGAAGGCCUGGCACACCAACCUCUACCUGUCUGCUGACGCCGACAAGGUCAGGGAGGCGCUGGCUGAAGGCAUCGCAGCAGCCACCAUGUUCAUGCCAGAGAAGCUGACGGAGGUGUCGGAGUCCCAGCUGAGGGUAGCGUUUGACGGUGACGCCGUCCUCUUCUCGGAUGAAUCUGAGCGCAUCUUUAAGGCCCACGGGCUGGACAAGUUCUUCGAACACGAGAAGGACAACGAGGACACGCUGUUGGAUCAUGGUCCCCUGAAAGGCUUCCUGGAGGCACUGGGGAAGCUCCAGAAAAAGUUUUAUGCUAAGGGCCAGCGCCUGGAUUGUCCGAUCCGAACAUACUUGGUCACAGCUCGUAGCGCAGCCAGCUCGGGGAUCCGGGCGCUGAAGACGCUCAGGGCCUGGGGCUUGGAGAUUGACGAGGCCUUGUUCCUUGCAGGGGCAGCAAAAGGCCCCAUGCUGGAGAAGAUCAGGCCUCACAUCUAUUUUGAUGAUCAGAUGUUUCACGUGGAGGGAGCAGCUGAGAUGGGCACCAUUGCUGCCCAUGUGCCUUACGGCAUCGCACAGAAACAUAAGGCCAAACAGAACACAAGUGCAGGGAAGUAGAAAGCAGGACUUGAGAUGUCAGUGGCACAGUCAGAAACAGAACAAGAGGAUGAUGGGAUGAGGAAACAUCUUCUGGAAGAGCAAAGUGAAGCGGAGAGGUUACAGAGUGCUUGGGAGGAUGACCUUAUACUGAAUUGUCAUGGGAAUGCAUCAUUUCCAUAAUGUAGCAUGGUAUUGUAAGACUGUUUUAUCACUAUAUAAACAGUCUCAUCUUAAUGACAUCACAUUGCAGUCUGGUGAAACCAUCCUGGUGACAUUAGCGCAACUUACGGUUUCUCUCUCUGUGUCAGUCUGGAAUAGCUGCCACCCAAAACACUUUCAGCGGGCGGGAGAACUCGCCUUAACAGACAAACUCGUUCAGCCAAUCCCAAUGUUAGAACUAGCCUCCAGUAAUAACAAGAUCUCGUUCAAAGUCAUCACGUGUUGCUGCGUUGCAAUGGACUUCUGUGUCUUCAUAUUUUGUUUUAGGUAUCAUUCUGCCUCUGCUCUUUGUGUUUCCGAAAGGCGCUACCAUUAUUGUCAACAAAUGCUUGGGUGUGAUGUGCUGGGGUUGUCUAAACAUAGCCAUAUGCCGCAUCAUCCCACCAUAUAUCGCUAUGUUUAGACAACACAAGCACAUAGCAGCCAAUGCUGGGACGUCAACAAACACAUAUGCUGGCACGGAUGGUUAAGAGUAGUGCAAGGAGGCACAUGUUUAAAGUGUUGAAAAAAAAAUCACAUUCUGACAGGAAGCAAACAGCAGACUCUCACUUGAAAGUCCAAGGUUUGUUGGACCCAUUAAUCAACCCUCCCACCCACCCUACAGGCACUCUUGCACUCCUUAUGUUAUGUGGUUACCACCAGCCCUUCAACCUGAUUCUAUUAUGUGGUAUAUCAUGGACACAUGACAGGUUCAAUCAGGCCAUGUUCUCAGUUGACAGGUAUAACAAAGUGAUCAGUUCUGUCCGGCUGCCUUCUUAACUGAUACCGUUAAGGGGCGUAUCAUAAAGAUGCAAAAGGUGCCUUUUGGCAUUGGGACUGUAUACCGAAAGCACUGUCAAAGCAGCAGUAUUUAAUUUCUGGAUUUUAAUUUCUGAAAAGUGUUUGGGGUUGCAGCGAGUCCAGAUUGAUACAAAGAGCGAAAAAGAAUGUUGCGGUCAUGUCACUGGGACGGUCUUACCAGGCUAAUCACAUUAUGAGUACAAUAUGGGAUAAAAGUCUGGAACCUGAAAUAAAGUGUCAGGUUUAUUUUUCAAAUAUUUAAUCUUCUCAGCACUGAUGUGUUUUGUUCAAUCUGGCUUUAUAUGGGAAAUGUAAAGAUGCUUGAUUGUCAUGGUGACCUGCUAGUUCUCUCACCACUACUUGUCUUCAUAAUGAAGACACCUCUUCAGAGAAUGCUUGAGGAUCCCGAAUGAAUGGCCUCAUUGACAUUUACUUCAGUAAAGCACAGAGACUACACUGUAUGUUGGCAAGAAAAUGAGCCAUAAGCACAAUGCAGAGAUAUUAUAAAGAAUAUUAUAGUGAUGUCAUGUAGCGCAAGCAUCAUAAUUCAAAGUGUAUGUGUCAAUCAUUUCACAGAGUUUGACUUCACAAGAAUGUACAAUUGUUUGUUUGCAACGUUACAAAAUGUGUUGUAUAUGACAGAAGAUAGCAAUAUUAUGUACUGUAAUGUAUUAGUCUAAAACAAAUAUAGAAAGCCAUAAUUU